AUGGAUCCCUACGAAUGGAGCGGCGAUGAUUUCGGAGAGGGUGCUGAAGACGACCCUAAGAUCGGUGGCACUGUACCCCUCGUGCUCCACUUGGGGAGUCGCUUCGUGCGAGUCGGCUUUGCAGGCCUUCCCGUGCCGCACAUGGUAGUUCAAGCACCCUUUCUGCACGCGGAUGGACCCGCGAAACUCCCUGUUUUACCUGCGGCGGGGGCAGUUCAAUGCGCACAAGCCGACACCGGCGCUGCAACACCAGACAAAGUCGCGCCAACAGCUCCAGCGGAGGCUGAAGGCGCCUUGUCUCCCCCGCAGCAACAAGACCUCGCAAUUUGGCUAAGCGACAUCUUAAAAGGCUGUGCUGCCAGAUCGCCUUACGAGAAACCCGUGCUGCUCCUGGAGGGAGUCCUCACUCCCCCCUAUCUCAAGCACAAAGUCACGGAGCUUCUUCUUAACUACUUCCAGGUGCCUGGCGUAUCCUUUCUCUCCGACUUGGUUGCGCCUCUAUACACCUGCGGAGUUGACACAGGCCUUGUCGUGGAUAUCGGCUAA